AAUCGGAGCAGCUUACGAAGGAAAACGAGGCAUUCGCACUCGCCUGCAGUCCAGACAUUCGGGAGCAUGAGGAGUGCCUGAAGCUGGUCGAGAAAAACCACCUUGACGUCAACUCCAACAUCGAUGGUCUGGGGCUGAGCAUUUUUAUGGCCGCCUGUCUGAGCAAGAAGGAAGCGGUGGUGAGAAGGAUGCUCCAAAACGGUGCCGACGUUAAAGCCAGGUCCCGAAGCGGAGACUCGCCCCUGUACCUGGCAACGUACCGGAAACUGACGACGGACGACUGCGACGACACCGGUUUACUGAAGCACUUGAUAGAACUGGGAGCCGAUCCUUGCGUUCGGAACCGCCAAGGAGCAACACCCGCAAGCUUGGCACGCUUACAAGGCAACAAGCAAGCGGAAGAACUCUUACAGAGGACGGAAGAGGAAUGGAUCGUGCACCACUCGGCAUCUGCUAAUCAAUAAAAUAAAACAAUAUUC